GCGAUGGCGGCGGAGGCGCUGAGGCUGCGCUGAGCGGCGGCGCAGGGGGAGGGGAGAGCCGGAGCGCGAGAGGCGUCCGACGGGGGGCGGCGCGCGCGGAUGCGAGAGAGAGAGCGCGAGAGAGAGAGAGAGAGAGCGCGGGGGGGCGCGGGGGAGGGGCGCGCUGACAGGGCUAUGCCGGGCCGGGCCCUGCCCGCCUCAGACGCCGCCGAGUCCUGAGCGCGGCUGCCGCCAUGGCCGAGUCCUCGGCUUCCUCCGGCUUCGGCGCGUCGCCGCCGCUCAUUGAGUCAGAGCUCUACUUCCUCAUCGCCCGCUUUCUCAGCACCGGGCCGUGCCGCGGGACGCUGCGGGUGCUGGUGCAGGAGCUGGAGCAGCACCAGCUGCUUCCUAAAAGGUUGGAUUGGGAAGGCAAUGAGCAUUAUAGAAGUUACGAAGAACUGGUGCUAUCCAACAAGCAUGUGGCUCCAGACCAUUUAUUACAAAUUUGCAAGCGUAUUGGCCCAAUACUGGAUAAGGAGAUACCACCCAGCAUUUCGAGAGUGAAUUCCUUACUUGGUGCGGGAAGGCAAUCAUUGCUACGUACAGCGAAAGAUUGCAGGAACACUGUUUGGAAGGGCUCUGCAUUUGCUGCUCUUCACAGAGGAAGACCUCCUGAAUUUCCUGUCAACUAUGGCACACCACCAAAUCUCGUGGAAGUAUAUCGAGCGAGACAGCUAACUGGAUAUGCAAAGUUCAGUACUUCAUUUCCAGGAAGUAUGUAUCAGCAUGUAAAGAUGCACAGACGGAUUCUUGGCCAUCUUUCUUCUGUAUACUGUGUUGCAUUCGAUAGGACUGGACAUAGAAUAUUCACUGGUUCAGAUGACUGUCUGGUAAAGAUAUGGUCAACUCAUAAUGGCCGCUUAUUUGCCACAUUACGUGGGCAUUCAGCAGAAAUUUCUGAUAUGGCUGUCAAUUAUGAAAACACUAUGAUUGCAGCUGGUAGCUGUGAUAAGAUGAUCAGGGUGUGGUGUCUGAGAACUUGUGCGCCGGUUGCUGUCCUCCAUGGGCACACGGGAUCCAUUACCUCAUUGCAGUUUAGUCCAAUGGUGAAAGGCUCCAUGCGAUAUAUGGUCUCUACUGGUGCAGAUGGAAAUGUUUGCUUUUGGCAGUGGGAUACAGAUUCCAUGAAAUUCAGCAAUCGGCCAGUGAAAUUUACAGAGAAACCUAGACCAGGAGUUCAGAUGCUUUGUUCUUCAUUCAGUGUAGGCGGUAUGUUUUUAGCCACUGGCAGUACUGACCAUGUUAUAAGGAUGUAUUAUUUUGGCUCUGAAACUCCUGAGAGAAUAGCUGAAUUGGAGAGUCAUGCUGACAAAGUUGACAGCAUUCAGUUUUCCAACAGUGGUGAUAGGUUCAUAAGUGGCAGUAGAGAUGGGACAGCACGAAUCUGGCGCUUUGAAGAAGCUGAAUGGAGGAGUAUUCUGUUGGAUAUGUCCAAUCGAUUACCAGGUGACAUGUGUUCAGAAGAAGACAAAUUUAUGAGGCCUAAAGUAACAAUGAUAGCUUGGAACCAAAAUGACAACUAUGUUGUUACGGCUGUAAAUAAUCAUCUGCUCAAAGUUUGGAAUUCAUCUACAGGGCAAUUGCUUCACGAUUUGGUGGGGCAUGCGGAUGAAGUAUUUGUCUUGGAGACCCAUCCUUUUGAUUCCAGGAUAAUGCUGUCUGCUGGUCAUGAUGGCAACAUCUUCAUAUGGGACAUUACAAAGGGCACAAAAACAAAGCAUUAUUUCAACAUGAUUGAAGGCCAAGGACAUGGUGCUGUUUUUGACUGCAAAUUUUCACCAGAUGGGCAGCAUUUUGCAUGUACAGAUUCUCAUGGGCAUCUGUUGAUAUUUGGUUUUGGCUGUAGCAAGCCUUAUGAAAAGAUUCCUGAUCAGAUGUUCUUCCACACUGACUAUCGACCUCUUAUUCGAGACUCCAACAAUUAUGUCCUAGAUGAACAGACUCAACAGGCUCCUCAUCUCAUGCCCCCUCCCUUCUUAGUAGAUGUGGAUGGAAACCCUCAUCCAACAAAAUAUCAAAGAUUGGUUCCAGGAAGAGAGAAUUCUGCAGAUGAACAUUUGAUUCCUCAACUUGGAUAUGUAGCAACGAGUGAUGGAGAAGUGGUUGAACAAGUUAUAGGCCAACAGACAGUUGAUCAGGAUGAACAAGGUAUGGAGCCCAGCAUUCUUGAUGGUAUGAUUAGACAAUUACAACUACAGCAAGAUCAAAGAAAUGCAGCAGCAGAUCAAGAACCUGCUUCGAGUGGUCUGCAGAAUGGAGAAGGAACACCUAGAAGAGUGUUUAGAAGACCGAGUUUAGACAUCCAGUCUCCUCCCAAUAUCGGUCUGCGCCGUAGUGGGCAAGUUGAAGGUGUGCGGCAGAUGCAUCAGAAUGCUCCACGAAGUCAGAUGGCUACAGAGCGAGACCUUCAGGCCUGGAGACGAAGAGUUGUUGUACCAGAAAUACCACCAAGCCUACUCAGGAAGCAGGAAAAAUAUCGAAUUGCAAAAGGGGAAGAAGAGAGAGAUCUUUACCAGUCAGAGAAGAGAAGGAAGUCAUUCCAGUCAUCAGAAAAGGAAGCUGAAGAAAGUGAGGGCUCUGGCUCAUCUGAAGAGGAGGAAGAGUGGAGAAGUGAUAGGAAAAGCAACACUUUUAGCUCUAGUGAUUCUUCAAGUAGGUACUCUGACUGGAUUGCUGAUGCAGGGAUUAACCUGCAGCCUCCUGUCCGGACCUCUCGACGGAAAGCUGUCAGGUACUGCAGUACCUCAGAAGAUGAAGUGUCAGCAGGGAAAUCAUCUCCUCCAAAGCGAAGGAGAAGAAAAAGGAGAAAAAAGCCCAGACCGAAAAAGCAGGAGGGGGCUAAUACACCAACGCAAACAGUAAAUUCAGAACUGUCGUAUGAUUGGCAUCCUCCUGUUUGGAUAACAGACACAGCUCUUCGAAGAUCUCCGUUUGUUCCUCAGAUGGGUGAUGAGGUAAUAUAUUUUCGACAAGGACAUGAAGCUUACAUUGAAGCAGUUAGAAGAAAUAACAUUUAUGAACUGAAUCCACACAAGGAGCCUUGGAGAAAAGUAGUGCUUAGGGAUCAGGAGUUGGUAAAAAUUGUCGGAAUUAGGUACGAGGUUGGUCCUCCCACAUUGUGUUGCCUCAAGCUUGCCUUUAUAGAUCACGCCACCGGAAAACAUACUGACAAAUCAUUUUCCAUCAAAUACCAUGAUAUGCCAGAUGUUAUUGACUUCCUUAUAUUACGUCAGUUCUAUGAUGAAGCACGGCAAAGGAACUGGCAAGCUUCUGACAGGUUCCGAUCCAUUAUUGAUGAUGCAUGGUGGUUUGGAACAGUGUUGGGUCAAGAACCAUAUCAGCCUCAAUAUCCAGAUAGUCACUUUCAGUGUUACAGUGUUAAAUGGGACAAUGGUGAGGUUGAGAAGCUUAGUCCAUGGGACAUGGAACCAAUAUCUGAUAAUGUUGAUCAGCCUGAAGAAUUAGGAGCUAGUGUUUCUGUGACUUUUGAAGAAAUGGAGAAGCUACUGUACAAACCUGAAGAAGGGGAGUGGGGGAUGCGAUCCCGUGAUGAAGCUUGUGAGCGGAUUAUUAGUGGUAUCGACCAACUUCUGACUCUUGACAUUUCAGCAGCUUUUGCUGGUCCAGUUGACCUGUGUACAUAUCCCAAGUACUGUACCGUGAUUGCUUACCCAACAGACCUGAACACUAUUCGAACAAGACUGGCCAACCGAUUUUACAGGAGAAUCUCUGCAUUGGUUUGGGAAGUAAGAUACAUCGAAAGCAAUGCCAGGACCUUCAAUGAACCUGGGAGUGCUAUUGCUAGAGCUGCAAAGAAGAUCACUACGCAGCUCUUGAAGUUUAUUAAUGAUCAAGACUGUACAAACAUUUUUGACCUAUGUAGCACAACAGAUGAUGAACAAGAUUGUCUUGAUGCAGAUGAUCUGGAUGAUGAAAAAUGCCGUCCGAGAACAUCAUAUAGAAGAAGAAAAGGACGGGGGAAAAGAGGAAAAAGCAUGAAAAAUGGCUAUGAUGAAAACUGCUGGAAAAAACAGUGUAUGGAGCUUGUGAACUUAAUUUUCCAGUGUGAAGAUUCUGAACCUUUUAGGCAGCCAGUUGAUUUGGACCAAUAUCCUGACUACAGGCAUAUUAUAGACACUCCAAUGGACUUCGGUACAGUGAAAGAAACUCUGGAAGCUGGAAAUUAUGACACUCCAAUGGAACUCUGCAAAGAUAUAAGACUAAUAUUUAGUAAUGCAAAGUCUUAUACUCCAAACAAAAAAUCAAAGAUUUAUAGUAUGACCUUGAGGUUGUCAGCACUAUUUGAAGAGAAAAUAAGAAGAAUUGUUUCAGAUUUCAAAAAUGGUCAGAAGCAGAAUGAAAAGAUACGAAGAAACCAGAGAUACACUAGAAGAGUUCAGAGUCAAAGCUCAGCACAGCAUCCUACCAAAACCCCCAGUAGAAAUUUCAAGCAGAAACCGUUAAAGUCUCAGGCAAAAACUGAAUCUGAACAGGAAGAUUCUUUUAGUCAACCUACCUCAAGCAGAGCAGCCUGUGUUGCAAGCCAUAAGACAAAUGCUAGCGAUUACAACCAUAGUUCGUCUGGAGAGUCCUCUGAUUCUGCAUGCCUGACAUCCUUUGAAAGGAAUGGUAAAGCUAGAUCUACAACACUAACAAACCGUUCAGCAUUGUCAUCAGCAGAAAGUGAAGUAGAAGGUUCUUUAGCUUCAUCUACGUCCUCUUCAUCCUCUACAGAAGAGAGCUCGGAAGAGAGCAAAGAAAGCUCUGUGGCUCUUGUGUCACCUCCACUACACAAUGGUAUAUGCAGAAGAAAGAACAUCAAUUGUAGGGUAACCAGAAAUCAAGCUGCUCAAAGAAAACAAAUAGGUACACUUCCCCAGGAGAAUGGAAAUACAAGAAAAGCUGUCAGGAAAAGGCUAUAUGAAAGUGAUUCUGAAAAUACUUCAGUGAUGACAUCCGAGUCUCUGAGUAAUAGUACAGGGAGACAUAGAAAAAUCCCACGCAGAAGUGCUACUGUGGCUGCUACUAAGCUAAGACUAAUGAGUGAUGUGGAAGAAGAGGUUUCAAGCUCAGAAAGUAUUGGUAUUGGAUGCAAAAAUAGAAAACUGCCUCACCGAAAUGCCUCAGCUGCAGCCAGGCGAAUGUUACUGGAGGGGUCUGAGGAUGAUGCAGGUUUGAAGUCUGAGAGUGAAAAAGAAACAGAAGAGCAGCUUACCAAGAGGAAAGUUCUUUCUCUACCUACUUCAUCUGCUGCACGAAGAAAAUUCGUUAGUGAAUCUGAAAAUGAAAGUUCAGAUUCUGAGACAGAUACACAGAUGAAACAGAAAACCUGGCAAAGCAAUGGCCAUAGACAGUUACGAGGGACAGCUCUUUCUCCCUCUCCCGAAAUGAGGAGUCCUACAAGAGGCUUUUCAGAGGAGGACUCCAAAAGCCAUAAUUCGGAGGAUGGGAGCAAUCAGAAAGCUGAGCAGUCAGUGUCUGCAAAUAAGUUUGUUGUGAGCAACUCUGAGGAUGAAGGGUGUUCUGAAUCAGAUAGGUGGAAUGCCAGAAAAUUGUUUGGUCUGCACCUUGUUGCACCUAUAAAAAAAGCAAAAGUCUUAAGUGAUUUGGAGGACACAGCAGAAUCUGAAACAGAAGACAAACAGGAUGGGAGAAGUGUUGUUUCAGAAACCUUGGUGCCAUGUAGAAUUCAGGCGAGCCCUAAUUCUGGACCUGGUGCUGAUUUCAAUGACUCUUCUGAUACAGAAUCUGAAACAAAUUCCAAUCACAGUAAUUAUUUUGAUGCUUCUUCAAAAACAAAAAAGAGGAAGAGAAAAGGAAAAACAAAAAUCUUGAGAAAAGAAUCUACAUCUGAGGAGCCUGGACAAAGUGGGAAGGUGCUCAGGAGCAGGACAUGUAUCAUUAACUACAGGAAACACAUUAAGGUAUCUAAUGUGACGGAAAAGAAAAAUCCACGCAGAUGUGCCACUCUAGCAGCUAAUAAGAUUAAGAUAAUGAGUGAUACAAAGGAAGAGCUGUCGAGCUCAGAGAGUGUUUGCACGGUGAAAAAGAACAGAAGGCAGCUUCAUGGCGGCGCAUCUGUGGCAUCCAAGAAAAAACUGAUCAGCAGCUCAGAUAUAGAUGUUAGUGUAAUGUCUGAAAAUGAGAAAGAACAGGAUUCUGAUGGAAAAGAUGAUUUUUGUUCUGGAUCAUCUGCUCCUAAGAGAAAAUACAUUAGUGAGUCCGAAGAUGAAAAAACGGAAUCUGAGGUGGAGAUACAAGUGACUAAAAAGGAGAAUGAUGAUAAUGACAGUCAGGCAAAGAGAACUGUAAGUGAUGCAGCUCUUAAGAAUAAGUUUGAUUCUUCAGAGGAGAAUUCCACAAACCACAAGGUAGAAAAUGGGAGAAACUGGAGAACUUCUGGUCAGUCAACUUCAGCCUACAACCAUCAUAUGAGCAACUCUGAAGAGGAGGUGGGUUCUGAGUUAGCUAAACGUGAAACUAAAACUAUCAGAAGAGCACGAAAGAAAAAAUCCAGAGCUCCUUUGAAAAGAUUAAAAUUAUCAAAUGAUUUAAAAGAAGCAUCAGAAUCUGCAGCAGGGAGGAAGAUAGAGGAAAAAAGCUCAGUAUCAGAGAAUGUGGAAACACCUGGAGCUGCAGGGAGCUCAAAAGCCAAUCUCAACUGUUCUUCUGAUUCAGACUCUGGAACUGAUAACAGUAUAUAUAGUAACGCCACAGAAAGAAAAAAGAGAAAAACAGACAUCGUUAGAAAAAAAAUUUCAAAUUUACCUAAGCGUUCCAGAAGACCCCAGCGAAGGAAACGUCGGAAACCUAAGCAAGAAAAUGACUCUGAAGAUUUGGAGUAUACCAAAUAUAGAAGAGCUAACCGGCGUACUAAGAUAAGAACUCGAAACAGGGGUAGGCGGACUGUUAGAUACGACGAUUGUGACGAUGACGAUGAUGACAGAGGUGUAGGUGAUGCAGCUUGUGAAACGUAACCUUAAAAGGAAAAGCCAGCCCACUUUUUUUUUUUUUUAAUGGUAAUAGCACUAGAACUCAUGUUGGAUGCUGGCUCUUCCUUGUCCUACAUUUCAGGGAAUAUAUUUAUAUUUUUCUAUGAAAAAGUUAUGAAUGUGAUUAGAUCAUGACUUUCUCCUUUUCAUAUUUUGACUUGCACUUGCCUGCCCAUGUAGCAGCAUUUAGCACAGAUGCCAAAAUGUGCCUCAUUAUAGGGGCAAUUUUUUUGUCUUUACUGGUAUUUUAUUACAUAUAACAAGAGUUUAAAAAAAAAAAAGUUAAAACACUGCGUAACAGGUUAAUAGCAGUAUGUUGAGUAUUAUUGUUAUGGGUGCUGCAAUGGAAUACUACCUAGGUCAUUCAACAUUCGAGAACAAAUUUCAAACAUCUCUAAUGCUGUAAGAAAUCAUAUACGAUAUUAACAGGCUUAUAAAUAAUAGUGUAUGCUAUAAAAAUUCGGUGGAUGCUAGUAUUGCAUCAAACGAGUAAUGAACAGUCACUGAGUUAACAACAUUACAGCUUCUAUUAGUACAGAUGUUAAAUGUUCUGUACGUUCAUUAAUGGAAACAUACAACUAGAACCAGUUACUAGUUGAGAAAAGCGUAUUUGCCAUUUAAAAAGGCAAAUGGUGCUGGUGAAGAGAGGGUUUAUACUGACAGGUAGUACUAUCAUUAAUGUGACUUCUAUACUGUAAACUUAAGAAUAUGAAAUGCAGGUGAACUCUUGGGCCUAAGGGUUUUUGUGUGUUUUCUUUAUAAAAUAGAAAAACCAACAAAA